AUGGCUUGCGAGAUAACUACCGAGCUAACUUCGUUUUUAAGAUAGCGAGCACCCUCCCAACAUCAUCGCCUACUUUGCCACCAAACCGAUAGUCAGAAGAACUGCGGCCCCAGGCCGGUCCGCGUCGUAAAAGAGCAUAUACAGUCUGGAGGAGCAAUCUGUGGACCUGAAUCUUAAUCUGCAGUGGUACAGAACGGCGAUACUCUCGCAAGUCAAGGACGAAGCUAGCAAAACUGCGUGGGCUUCCCUCUGCUGUUGCACACGUUGUCAAUUUACUGCUUUGCCAGCCAUCUAGAACAUUUCUGAAGGCUUUCGUGUUUUUCAGGCAGCUAAGAGAAGUCAGAUGCAUCGUGUUCAGACCUUUAUCGGCUUAGGCUAGCCAGAACUCCUCUCCUGACGCGUGCGUUUCUCAUGAAACGUUCAGCGCCUGUGAAACGGCACCGAAACGACGGAACGGGAGCCUGGACAUGAUUUGCAACCCCUGUUAUUUACAUUCAUACGUGAAUGCCAUUGCUGGUUUGCCACACUCGGGAUGCUCGGUAACGUUUCGUUAUAAAACAUUCGCACAGCGAUAACGGGAUUACGAGAACGAUUGUGACAAAAUACCACCCCGGGGUGCUGCAGAUGAACUUUGAUUUGCGGGGCUGGAUGUCAUCGUUCCAGAUGUUGUGUUUGAUGGCAGCACAGUGUUUCCUCCAUGAGGUCUACGGCGGCCGUUUGACCAAGCGCAGCUAGGAGCCUCCUCUCCCCCUCCCCUCUCUCCCGCCGGGGGGAUUCUGGUCGCCAUGCUGAUCAAGGAGUACCGCAUCCCCAUGCCCAUGAGCGUGGAGGAGUACCGCAUCGCCCAGCUCUACAUGAUACAGAAGAAGAGCCGGGAGGAGACGUGUGGGGAGGGCAGCGGCGUGGAGAUCCUGGAGAACCGGCCGUACGCAGACGGGCCCGGUGGGGCGGGGCAGUACACACACAAGGUGUACCACAUCGGCAUGCACAUCCCCAGCUGGUUCCGCUCCAUCCUGCCCAAAGCUGCCCUGCGCGUGGAGGAGGAGUCCUGGAACGCCUACCCCUACACCCGCACACGGUACACCUGUCCCUUUGUGGAGAAGUUCUCCAUCGACAUUGAAACAUACUACAAGCCUGACCCAGGGAACCAGGUGGACGUCUUCAACAUGUCGUCUGCGGAGCGGAGGCAGAGGAGUCUGGACCCGAUUGACAUCGUGAAGGACCCAAUCCCGCCGCACGAGUACAAGGCGGAGGAGGACCCUCGGCUGUACCAGUCGGUGAAGACGCAGCGGGGGCCUCUGACCGACGACUGGAUCGAGGAGUUCAACAGCGACCCGGCCAAAGCCCCGAUCAUGUGCGCCUACAAGCUCUGCAAGGUGGAGUUCCGCUACUGGGGCAUGCAGUCCAAGAUCGAGCGCUUCAUCCACGACGUAGGCCUGAGGAAGGUGAUGGUGAGGGCACACAGGCAGGCCUGGUGCUGGCAGGAUGAGUGGUGCGGCCUGACCAUGGAGGACAUCAGGCAGCUGGAGCUGGAGACGCAGCUGAUGCUGGCGCAGAAGAUGGCGCAGUACUGCGCGGACGAGGGCCUGGAGCCCACGGGGGCGGACCCCGCCUCCCCGGCCCGCCAGCAGGGGGCGCAGGACGCUCAGGAGGCCAUCGCCGCCAUGGAGGCGCAGGAGGCGGCGCCCCCCGGUGGCCCGGGGGACUCGCUGCAGGCCCGAGGAGUGCUCACCAAGCAGUGGUCCACCUCCUCGCGCUCCUCACGCUCCUCCAAGAGAGGAGGGAGCCCCUCCCGCCACAGCGUGUCAGAGUGGAGGAUGCAGAGCAUCGCCCGGGACUCUGAGGACAGCGAGGACGACCAGUUCUUCGACGCGCACGAGGAUCUCUCCGAUACCGAGGAGGUGUUUCCCAAGGAGAUCACCAAAUGGAGCUCCAACGACCUCAUGGACAAGAUCGAGGCCACGGACACAGAAGAGGCUCAAGGAGAGCUGUACCAGGAAUCGGCCGGGGACUACGCGGUGAACGAGGGGGGGGGCAGACUCCAUGAGAUGAGCGGCUACGCUAGCAGCCCAAUCCCCAGCGUCAUGGUAACCAGCCCCACGGCAGACGGCUCUUCCCAUGAUGCCUUGCAGCCGUGUAAGAUCCACGUCCUGCUCCUGGUGCUGCACGGCGGGACCAUCCUGGACUCGGGGGGAGGCGACCAGAGCAGCAAGCAGGGCGAUGUGAACACGCUCAGCGGGGCGUUCGAGGCGGUCAUGCGCGUGCACUACCCCGCAGCGCUGGGCCGAAUCGCCAUCCGCCUCGUGCCCUGCCCUGCCAUCUGCACCGAGGCCUUCUCCCUGGUGUCCAACCUGAGCCCGUACAGCUAUGAUGAAGGCUGCCUGUCUAACAGCCAGGACCACAUCCCGCUGGCCGCUCUGCCCCUAUUGGCCACCUCCUCCCCACUGUACCAGGACGCCGUGGCAACGGUCAUCAUGCGGGCCAAUCAGGUGUACGGAGACUUCCUCCGGUCCCUGGAGGGCGCCACCUUCUCUGGACAGGUGUGUUUGAUUGGCGACUGUGUGGGCGGGAUCCUGGGGUUUGACGCUCUGUGCAACAGCGGCCAGACGGUGUCGGAGAGCCAGAGCAGCAGCCGCCGCGGCAGUGUGGUGAGCGUACAGGAUAAUGACCUACUGUCUCCGGGGAUGGUGAAUAACCUGGAGGGCAGCCAGCACCUGAGCCGUAGUAACAUCGACAUCCCCCGCUCCUCCGGCCCCGACGACCCCAAAAAGCCCCCGCCCCGCAAGCGCAGCGACUCCUCCACCUACGAGCUGGACACCAUCAAGCAGCACCAGGCCUUCCUGUCCAGCCUCCACUGCAGCGUCAUGCGGAAUGACCCGGGCUCCCGGCGGUCCAGCAGCAGCACCAUGCUGGAGGCCGGGUGUCUGGGGAAGCUGGAUUUCGAGGUGGCUGACUUCUUCCUGUUCGGAUCCCCGCUCGGCCUGGUCCUCGCACUGCGGAAGACCGUCAUCCCCGUCCUGGAUGUGGCCCAGCUGCGCCCUGCGUGCCAGCAGGUGUAUAACCUCUUCCACCCGGCCGACCCCUCGGCCUGCCGCCUGGAGCCCCUCCUGGAGAAGAAGUUCCACCUGCUGGCGCCCUUCAGCGUGCCCCGCUACCAGCGCUUCCCCCUGGGAGACGGCAACUCCGCCCUGCUGGUGGAGACGGUCCAGAACAGCCCUCAGCUCCUGUCAGAGGGCGGGGCCCACUUCUCCCGCUGCUCUGAUGUCGUUGGCGAGACCAGCAUCGCCGUGCCCGUCCUACACUGGGCCCAGCCCGGCCCACAGGACUCAGAUGUUGUUCAGUCUCUCGGUGGUGUGUUGGUGGACAGUUCAUACCCCUCCUCCCCCGUUACGGGUGUCCGUUGCCGGGGGCCGAGGAGAGCCAGUGAGGUCAGCAUUGCCAGCCAGGUCUCAGGAAUGGCAGACACUUACACUGCCUCCAACAUAGUCAACAUCGCGGCCCGUUGGUGGGGCACUAAGCGCAUGGACUUUGCCCUGUACUGCCCCGACGCCCUGACGGCCUUCCCCACCGUGGCCCUGCCCCACCUCUUCCACGCCUCCUACUGGGAGUCCACUGACGUGGUGUCCUUCCUGCUGCGCCAGGUCAUGAGGCAUGAGAACUCCAGCAUCUUGGAGCUGGAUGGUAAGGAGGUGUCGGAGUUCACGCCCUCCAAACCGCGCGAGAAAUGGCUGAGGAAGAGGACCCACGUCAAGAUCCGGAACGUGACGGCCAAUCACAGAGUGAACGACGCGGUGUUCACGGAGGACGGGCAGCAGAUGGUCACCGGCCGCUUCAUGUACGGCCCGCUGGACAUGGUCACCCUCACUGGGGAGAAGGUGGACAUUCAUAUAAUGACCCAGCCUCCGUCUGGUGAGUGGGUGUACUUUGACACGGAGCUGACCAAUAGCAGCGGCCGGAUUUCCUAUGUCAUUCCCGACAGCAAGCGACUGGGUAUCGGGGUCUACCCGGUCAAGAUGGUGGUCAGGGGAGACCACACCUUUGCGGAUAGCUACCUGACGGUGUUGCCGUGGGCAACAGAGUUUGUGGUGUUCAGUAUUGACGGCUCUUUCGCCGCCAGUGUGUCCAUCAUGGGGAGCGACCCGAAGGUCCGGGCGGGAGCCGUGGAUGUGGUCCGGCACUGGCAGGACCUGGGGUACCUGAUCAUCUACGUGACGGGCCGGCCGGACAUGCAGAAGCAGCGCGUGGUGGCCUGGCUGUCCCAGCACAACUUCCCCCACGGCGUGGUGUCCUUCUGCGACGGGCUGGUGCACGACCCCCUGCGCCACAAGACCAACUUCCUGAAGAGCCUCAUCUGUGAGGCUCACAUGAAGGUGUUUGCCGGCUAUGGUUCCACGAAAGACAUCUCUGUGUACUCGUCCAUCGGCCUGUCUCCCUCUCACAUCUACAUCGUGGGACGUCCCACCAAGAAGAUGCAGCACCAGUGUCAGUUCAUCACGGACGGCUACGCGGCGCACCUGUCCCAGCUGGAGUUCGGGCAGCGGUCGCGGCCGGCGAAGAGCAGCAGCGGCCGCAUGGUCCUGCGCAAGGGCAGCUUCGGCCUGGGCUCCAACGGCGACUUCCUGCGCAAGCGCAACCACCUGCUGCGCACCAUCUCCUCCCAGCCCGCCGCGCCCGGCCCCGCCCACGGCCACGCCCGGCCGGAGCGCACGCAGAGCCAGUCCGAGAGCGAGAGGGAGCGCGUGGAGCGGGGCGCCCAGCGCAGCAUGAGCAUCGCCGCCAGCUGCUGGAGCCGCAGCGGGAGCACCAAGCUGGAGCCUGGGGGGGGCGUCCUGAGGGGGGGGGGCGCCCUGCGGGGCGGGGCCGGCCUGCCUCACAAGUAG